CCCUGAUUCUAAAAGUCCUCUAGCAUUGUUAAGAAGAAGAAAAAGGAGAGUUCUUUUGCUCUUAAUAUUCUGUGUCUUUUAUAGCCUGUUGAAACAUGGGAAUGUUUGUUCCAUGAGUUUCUACGAAAAAACUUAUAUUUAUUAAACAGUAAGACAAAAAUAAGCAUUCUUUAAACAUUUUCUAUCGAGCAAAGACCCGAAGAUUAAAAUUGUUUGAAACACUUGCUGAAUGAACCGUUUUGUAGCCCGUAUCAAACCACCUCUAAUCUGUAAUUUCUACGCUUCUCAAUUAAGUUUUAGAGGAGCUAUGAAUUUUUUUCUCAUGAUACGGUUCUCACACAUAGUGACUACACGAUGUGACUACUGUGCGUUUAGUCUAUAUGAAAUUUUUGCGUGCUAUUGCCGAUCAUAAACUGAUGUUUCUCUCACUAACCGCUAUUUACUAUAUGUGCUACUGUCCUAGAACGAGGACAAAACGACAAGUUGGAUGGCAGCUCUUUUUUCUCAUUUGAUAACAAUAGCGUUAUUAUCGCCAUAGCGAAAUAGUCUGGUAUAUUUUUAAUUAUGUUAAGUGCUGCUAAUAUUUCUUCUUUAUUUUCACAACUGAUAAAUCAAAAAUAUUCUUCCUGUCCAGUGAAGUCAACCCCAAAGAAUGGUCGGUUGCCCAUUAUUUAUUUAAGGCAUUAGAGACAGUGAUUAGUUGUUCAACCUACACUUACUAUAUGGGAAAAGAAAUUUGUAGCUUCUCUAAAAUUCAAUUAGGAAGCGUAAAAGUUACAAAUUAGAAGUAGUUUGAUGCGAGCUACUAAACGGCUGAUCCAGAAAUGUUUUUCGGGCGAUUUUAAUUUUCGUGUCGUUGAAGUCACGCUUUCGGAUUCAGGCUGAGAAAGUGUAACUGGAUCAAAACGGUGUUGAUAUUCGUAAUUGGUACGGUGGAUUACAUAUAAGAAGUGUAAAAUUAAAAGUUAAACGAUUAAUCAUUUGGGACGGUUCUCACAUCAGUCCAUUCGAAUAGCAAUAGUAUCCAUGAAAAAGUAAUCUUUUUAACAAUUUCCCUCUUUUUCCUCGCAGAACCUGAUUUUGCUGAAUAAAGUUAGACUUUCAGAUUGAUAUAGUGGGAAUCCGUAGGCUCGAUUUUGUUCGGGCUCAGGAUUAAAGCUUAAACCAACUGAAAUAAUUCCUGUGCCUAUAAUGAAAUAUAACUUGAAAAAAGAAUUAAAAAAAUGACUGAGAAAAAUGAAUGAGAGUCAUUUUAGAAACUAUUAGAAUAAUUAACUAUUCCUCAGUACCAUUUAAAAAGUCUUAUGUGGCAUUUCGUGUCACAUUUAAAAUUUAUUCACUUUUGUGUUAUAGUUAUGUUAAUUGAAAUUGUUAAGUCAAGUGUAUUUUAUUAUUAUGUUAUAUUCAAAUCUGUUGAAGCAUCCAGCGAAAGAUAGUAGAAUACAACUGGAUAUUGGUAUAUGAGGCAGUAAUAAUACACUUACAUCUUUAGUUCCGGCGGGCAGAUACCCUCUGAAAAUCUAUAGAAUAUUAUGAAAUUUGUUGGUAGAGCAGUUGGAAAUAAGUAUUUGUAAAUCGACUAUAGAACUGCUAUGAAUUCAUAGCAGUUCUAUAUUCGAUUUACAAAUACUAUAGAAUAUUAUCAAAAAUCCCAUUGAAAACUGAAAUUAGAGAGUGAAUUUACAUCAUUUAAAAUAUCAUUUAAAAAAGGAAUAAAAUAAAUUCGAACUCGAAAUUGAUCGACAUUAUAUAUGGUUCUAUUUGUGUAUUAAGUCUUUGAAAAGCGCUUAGUACAUUCGAAGCUUCGACGGAAUAUAAUAUAAAACGCUCUAAUGAAAGUAUAAAAAAGAAAAUAUGAAUAAUGACGGUAGUAAAAUCAAGUAAAAGGAUAAAUCCGCGUAUGAUAAGAAUUUGGUCCAUUUUUAUUUGCAUUCUUUUUGUACUAAGAAUCGAUUGAUUCUAGUAUUUCACGAUGCGCGGAAUAAUUUGAUGAAGUCAGAAUGAUUCUAGACCUCAUAGAAAAUGUUUUAGACCAGUAGUACUUUUUAGGUAUAUACGGACAUGUAUCAUGAGCAAAGAACAAGAUCUGCUGAGCUACGGAAGAAGAGUGAAAUCGAUAAUAAUACAGAUUCUGAAAGCUGGCUUCUUCGUCUAUAAAAUAAAGAGUACGCAUUUUUGUGCCGCUUAAACCUACAGUGGAUGCAAAAAUUAUUCACCACCUUUAUUUUUCAUUUUUCUCGUCGACCAUAACAGCUAAAACAAAUUUCAAAAACGAUUUAAACAAUUGAAACAAUUUUCGAUCUGCUGUGCAGGCACGGACGAGUCCGAGUCCGGACUGAAAGAUUUUUUGGCGGACUCGGACUCGGACUGGAAAUUUUUUGAAGUACGUGGACUUGAGUUUUUGUAUUUCGAGCCCGAUCUGUUCAACUUUUAACACAAAUGAGCAGAGAAAAAUGAAAAGUGAAAUAACAACACCUACUGUUUCACAUGAAAUUGAAAUUUUGUUCGGGAGACGGACAUGGAACGUAACCUUAUUUUCGAAAAAUCAAAUAUCUAUCCAGGGCUCAGCAAAUUAAAAUAUAAACCACCCUCAUCAAAGAAGAAUCUAAAAGAUUACCGGACUCGAAAUGGACUCGAACUCGGCUUGAACUUUUAAGGACUCCGACUAGUCCAUGCCUGCUGCUGUGCUAUAUAAAAAGGUUCUGUCGAAGCUCUUGAAAUCAGGGUCUCUGGAGAUAUACUGUAUAUACCUAACGGAUCUAAAACAUUUUCUAUGAUGUCCGGAACCGUUCUGACUUCACCAAAUUAACCAGUGCAUCGUAAAAUACUAGAAUUAAUCGAUUCUGAGUACAAAAAGUAUGCAGAUAAAAAUGGGCCAAAUCCUUUUCUUAGACGGAUUCAUUCUUUGGAACGUUACGAUGAAUGUGUGUGUGAAUAAUGUGCGCUCAAAUGAUAAUUGAGACAUUUGUCUCAUGGCUUCUUGUUCGUCAUACAUUUUUCUAAAGACACAUCGUUCUCUUUCCUAAUGUCAUUACUCAACCACGAUGUAAUCAUAGAAUGUACACCUUUCUAAACGGUGUUGACACGUUGUUGCUUUCUUUUUUUAUUUUACGAUGUGUCUUGUUGACUCAUUUUUUUCGUGAAUAAUAAGAACAGAAUAUAUCGUUUAAAAACAGAAUGCAUUCAGUUUUCUUUUUUCAUGGUUACAGAAGAACGACGCAUACUUCAAGUAGUUGAAAACAUUGAACACAGGCGAUAAAGCAAAAUAAAUGGCAGAUCAACAGGAGCAUGCAUCCAUUCAUUUGCCCGAAUAUAAGGUGGGACUGAAAUAUUUGAUUUUUCAUCUCUAUCGUCAUCAUCAUCAUCAUCAUCAUUAAUAGACUGAACCAAUACGAUUUAAUACACCGACACCCGAUGUCUCAGCCGACAUUGCUCAAAUUCAAGAUUUCGUCCGAGAGAAAGCCGAACGAAACUUGGAACAAUGUAAAGUUUUUGAAGUUUCAUUACCAUCAUCGAUAACAGGCAUUACGAGUGAUUCGAAUGAAAUUAAAUUUACAUCAUUAUUUCAAACGCCAACAUUAAAUGAACUUGAAACUUUAUCAACAAAUCCUAAUGGUUCAUCAAAAAGUUUAAAUGAUGAACAACUCAAAGCUGUCAAACAAACAGGAGAGUUUGAAGUGAAUAGUAUCUAUUUUCCUGGUCAACGUCAUCGAUGGCGAUUAAGCAAAUUGCUUCAAUCGGGCAUACAAACAGCCAAUCAAACAUUUUUCAAGGAAUUAUCAUGGGCUCUCUAUAUGUUAAUUAUAUUUGCUCAUGAUCGUAUUAUUUCAAAUUGUUUUAGUAUAAAAGCGAGUAUACGUUCAUGGAAACGUGGCUUUGUUACUCUAUUUGAUGCUCUCAUCGGAUUACCUGCAACCUAUUCAGAAAGUAUUGAUAAACAAGUCGAAAAUGAACGACAAAAAUUUCUUGUUAUUGAACUUUCACCACAUGAGAAUGAAAAAAUCAUGCAUAAACAAUUUUGUGCACAAAUUCCACGUUUAUUAGAAAUGAUGCUUGAAAAAGAAAAAUAUACAUAUCGUCAAAAACGAGUAUUCAAUCCUAUACCACCUGAAAUGCUUCCAUUUCCUCAUUGUUUUACUACACCAAAUAAUAUUGAUAUUGAUCUUCGAUUACAUAAUCGUGAUCUACAAAUAAAAAUACAACAAACGGUGGCUGAACUUGUUUCAAAUAGUACACCUAAAACAUGGUUUAAUACAACCAAACGACGAUUAAUCAAUGAAUACAAAAAUAAACAAACCGAAUUAGGUUUAUCUAAAGAAGAAGUUGCCAAACGGGUACAAACAGAAUUGAAUCGAGAAUAUAUCGAACGAGCAUUUAAAACAAUUGAAAAUUCGAGUGCUAUUGAAAAAUUGGCACCAGGUUUAGGACAUCUACUUAUUGCACAAGCCAGUGCCGUACUUGCCAUGCAAUCAGUUGUCGACAAACUUAAUGAGCAACUCGAUACACACCUUCAAAGGACAAGAGAAAAACUUAUGCGUGAACAUCCGAUUAAAUCAAAAAUUUCUCGAUGGAUUGAAGCAAAAAUUUUUGAAGAACGUGUUAAUUUUAUUCGACAACAUGAAUGGGAUGCACAUCGAUUAUCAAUUGAUGAAUGUCGUACAUUGAGUAAUGAACAAGCAGCAUAUUUUAUUCAACGUGAUUGGACAUUUCGAACAGAUCAUGAAUCGACUCUUCGUCUUAAUCUCAAAUCAACAACUGAACCCAUUAGAACAAUUAAAUGUAGUCGAUCGAUUUGGUUUCCGAAAAAUUGGAUUAUCGAACGUACAAAUCCGUUGCCUGUCGAAAAAAUUCCAACUAUGUUUGCCAAAUUUAAUUAUACGGCUGUUGAAGAACAACAACGAACAACACUGAUUAAUGCUGAUAGCGAUGCACGUUACAAUCUUCGACGUACAACAACAUAUUCAAUAACAACUCAAUAUCCAUUUUGGCGAUGGAAACUAUGUGCUGUUCGAGUAUUCUGUUGGCUUUCAAAUGCCAUCUAUGCAUUUUGUCUUGUCAUUCCAUUUGCCAGUCCGUUCAGUUUUCGAGCAUUGUUCUCACUGGAACCAUUCUCUCCCGACUAUGAAUUGAAUGAAAAAGAUCUUAAACUUCAUGUCAAACAACAUUCAAAAACACAAACAUUUGUCUCACGUCUUGUUGCUUUAUGGAGAAAUGUUCGACGCUCGCGUCAGAACUUUGAGCAGGCACCUGAUCGCGGUUAG